AAAGUAAUGAAGAACAACAAAGAGCAUCAGUAAGAUAAAUAGAGGGAGUGAGGGGAGAGUGCAAGAAACAAUAAAGUUAGAAUUCUUUAAUUUAUAAAUUGAAUAUCUUUAUGCAGUAGUAGCCAUGUAUUUAGUGAAGAAUCUGCAUUGGGUAUCGAAUCAUUAAUCGACUGAAAUAGUGCAGCUCGUUGCGUGUAAUAUAAGGAACAAUUUAGUAUGUAAUGCUUAGCACUUUCUUUCUUUACUUUUAUCUGAUGCUAAUCCUUUGAUGUAAAAGUCAUUAUUUAAUGACGAAAAAUCGCAACACUUCUGAUAAUAAAGUUUAUCAAUACUACGUUUUACCCACAUAAUCAAAAAGCCUUUGUAUUACGUAUUGAUGCUUUGAGCUUUAAGGUAAAAGGUCUUAAAGUGCUAUACUAACGCAUUUCUUCAUUCAAUUUAUUCCAGUUUUGAAUAGCAAACCAGAAGGAAAAAACGCUUUACAGAACCGAAUUAGGCACGCUUCCAGGUCAAACAAAUCGUAUACGAUCGCAUUUGAAUCAGACAAAACCGUACCAAAUAGUAUGAAACUCAUAUAUGAUCUUAGUAUCCGAUGUGUCCUCUUGAUCGUAUAAGAUCAUACAACUUCGUAUGAAAUCGUACAGUAUGAACCAGAUAACAAAAUCAGACACCACGAUUCGUACGUAAGAAGUACGUAGUCGUAUAUGAUUUCGAAAUAACAAACUUUAACUAAUAAAGAAUAAGAAUGGAAUAUAAAAUACUUAUAAUUUUACCUGACACUAGGAGUUUAGCUAAGGCACGAUAUAUAGAUGCAUGAGCUGAAUAAUUCUUAGGAUAUGAUGCAAGACAGAAUCUAAUUUCUUUAGUGGAGUAUAAUCUUAAUUAAAAUUUAUGUUUAUUUUUAUCUAAAGAACUCCAUUUUAUACGGCACCAAUUAUUUUAACAUUAUUAAGUAAACUCAAUUGCGAAUAUGGUGUACCAGUAGCCUACGGAGAAAGUACUCCAUCAUUGUUAAUACCUGGUUACACGGUGCCAAUAACGCUGAUUAAUAAUGUAAAUAAAUAUUUUCAAUGUCUUAACGCAACAAUUGAUCCCAGUGUACAACCGUCACCAUUUGAUGCUGUUGAAUUAAUAACAUAUAUUUUAAAAGACUCCAACCAGCCGGUUGAUAUUCUUGUGCUUGCAUCAUUUACAAAUAUAGCUGAAGCGAUUAUUCGUGAUCGCACAAUUGUAUCAAAAAUUGGUACUCUUUAUUUUUCAUCUGAUACUGACCUGCAACGUCGUCGUAUUAAGAAGUUUCUACUACCACAAAUAUUUGAUGCAUCUGGUAUACUGGUAGAUGAUGUUAGUCCCAAUGUAUGGCUUGAUAUACUUGCUGCACAGCGUGUAUUUGCAGCUGGUAUACGACAUAUUAAACACAAUGUUUCCAGCGGAUAUCUUAAAUGGAUUGCUGCAUAUAAUACAACGCAAGUACAAGCCAUCUUACAAGACAAAAAUAUACAUUUGAAACCAUUUGUUUAUAAAUUAGUCAUGAGUUUUGCUACAUGUUUGAAUGAACCGGAAUCGGCGUUACGUUGGUGGGAUAAUAGUGCUGCACAAUUGAUGGUACAAUUACAACAAAAUAAUACUAAACAUGGAUUUUGUACAAAAUUUCUUUCAAAUCAGCAUCUAGAAUUCAUUCUGUCUCCAUUUGCUGGACAAAAUUUUGGCUCUGAAGUUAUCGAUAAUAAAAAUCACUUGACAAAUGUUCAAAUAUGUACAAAGGCAAAUGAUCAAAUAUUUUUAGAAACAUUUCUUACAACAAUUUCUGCGAAACAUUCAUGUCAAUAUUCAAAUAAGUAUAAUGAAGCGCUUAUACGCUAA